ACAAGAAGCAAAUUAAAGGGCAUCUCUCCGACGACUAUAUAAACUACAGGGAGAGCGAGCGCCGCCGACAAGCGCUCCGGCCGCCUCCCCUUUUCCGCUGCCCUCCUCUGCCAUCGCCUACGUUGUGCGAUGGAAUCGGAAGAUCUGGGCCGGAAGGGGACGGAGGAGUCGGCGGCCCCCAACGCGAUCGUGAACCUAGCGGAGGACCCGAAGCUCUCGGGGGAGGGAGUCAAGGACCCCGGCCGCUCGUUUAUGAGCAUCUGCAAAUCCCUCGUCGCCGGAGGUGUUGCUGGAGGAGUAUCAAGGACUGCUGUUGCUCCACUUGAACGAUUAAAAAUCUUACUUCAGGUCCAAAAUCCUCACUAUAUUCAGUAUAAUGGAACAAUACAAGGCCUCAAGUACAUUUGGAGAUCUGAGGGUUUUAUAGGGCUUUUCAAAGGCAAUGGAACCAAUUGUGCACGAAUCAUCCCAAAUUCUGCAGUUAAAUUCUUUACUUACGAACAAGCUUCACGCGAAAUUCUGUGGCUUUACCGGUGGCAAUCCGGCAACGAAGAUGCUCAACUUACUCCUGUGUUGCGCCUUGGAGCGGGAGCUUGUGCUGGAAUUAUCGGAAUGUCAUCUACUUAUCCCAUGGACAUGGUUCGAGGAAGGAUCACUGUCCAGACAGACAAGUCCCCUCGCCAGUACAGAGGAAUGAUUCAUGCUUUAGCAACCAUUUAUAGGGAAGAAGGUUUUCGAUCUCUUUACAGAGGCUGGCUUCCGUCGGUCAUUGGAGUCAUCCCCUACGCCGGCCUCAACUUUGGUGUCUAUGAAUCUCUGAAGGAUUGGCUGAUCAAAACUAAUCCAUAUGGACUUGCUGAAGAUUCUGAGUUGAAUAUCUCCACGAAGCUGGCUUGCGGAGCUACAGCCGGAAUCGCUGGCCAGACCUUUGCCUACCCGCUCGAUGUAAUUCGGAGAAGAAUGCAAAUGGUGGGCUGGAAGGACGCUGGCACAAUCGUGACAGGCCAGGGUAAGAGCAAAGCGCCCUUGGAGUACAAUGGAAUGGUUGAUGCCUUCAGGAAGACGGUCCAAAACGAAGGCUUUCGUGCAUUGUACAAGGGUCUGGUCCCCAACUGUGUCAAGGUUGCGCCGGCAAUUGCCAUUACAUUUGUGACUUAUGAGGCCACAAAGGAUGUCCUUGGAGUAGAGAAGUGAACAUUGGAUUGAUGUAGUUCCAACCACUGUCUUCCAUACAUUGUGACAGUCGAUACCGAAACAAUCGGCUCCGCUAAAGUUUUUUACUUUCUUGUUUCUCGGCUCGAAGAGGGAAUUGUAUCUUGGAGUCAGGUUUGUUCAUCAGGCCAUCAAGUUUUG